GUCGCGGCAGUGCGAUGGCUAACGGUCGUCGUGUUCCAUCAGACACUCCUACAAGUGACAACCCGUCGACACCUGCACAAUCCAAUGACACACGCGCUCCUUCUGUCACGAGAGGCAGAGGUGCCCCAAGAGGUGGUAGUCCCUAUACCCCACCUCCGAGAGGCGGGUUUUUGGGAUCUCGCGGACGGGGACAAGGGGUAGGCUUCGAGCGUGGUCGUGGGUUUCCCUCGAGGCCUUUCCGCGGGAGGGGCAGAGGGGCCCCAGUAGCACCGGUGUCGUCAUCGUGAUAUAUGUACAGCUCACUGUAAUUUUUUCCAUAUCCAGCUUGUUACCUGACCUCCUGAAAGGUCCUAGUAUAAUUGUUUUCGCCUGGAUUUUGGCUGUCCAUAUGAUAUGUUGAUCAUUGGUACAACUUGACCGUAUUUCACAUGGCGCUAUGGUCUGAAUACUAAUCCUACGGAUCAUGAUAAGCAUACAAUCAAUUUGUUCUCCCC